CAGAGCAGGCGGCAGGAGGCGCGCGGCUGGCCCUUCCCGGGCCGCUCCCCUCCCGACUCGGCUCCCCGCGGCGGCGGGCUCGGCGCGCCAUGGACAGGCCGGUGGCGGCGGCGGCGGCGGCGGGCAGCGAGGGUGGCGGGGGCCCGGGCCCAGGGCCGGCGGGUGGCAGGAGGCCCCCUCGGGUCGCGGGGGUCCCCGGCGCCGGCUCCCGGCAGCCCAGCGUGGAGACCCUGGACAGUCCUACAGGAUCACAUGUUGAAUGGUGUAAACAGCUUAUAGCUGCUACAAUUUCUAGUCAGAUUUCAGGUUCAGUGACAUCAGAAAAUGUAUCCCGAGAUUAUAAGGCUCUAAGGGAUGGAAAUAAGCUGGCACAGAUGGAAGAAGCCCCGCUUUUUCCAGGAGAGUCAAUCAAGGCCAUUGUGAAGGAUGUCAUGUAUAUCUGCCCAUUUAUGGGAGCAGUGAGUGGAACCCUGACAGUGACCGACUUCAAGAUGUACUUCAAAAAUGUAGAGAGGGACCCGCAUUUCGUCCUUGAUGUUCCCCUGGGAGUGAUCAGCAGAGUUGAGAAGAUUGGUGCGCAGAGCCAUGGGGACAAUUCUUGUGGUAUAGAGAUUGUGUGCAAGGAUAUGAGGAACUUGCGACUUGCUUAUAAACAGGAAGAACAGAGCAAACUGGGGAUAUUUGAGAACCUCAACAAACAUGCAUUUCCUCUUUCCAAUGGACAGACACUCUUUGCAUUCAACUAUAAAGAAAAAUUUCCAAUUAAUGGAUGGAAAGUUUAUGAUCCAGUAUCUGAAUAUAAGAGACAGGGCUUGCCAAACGAGAGUUGGAAAAUAUCCAAAGUAAACAGUAAUUAUGAGCUCUGUGACACCUACCCUGCCAUCAUUGUUGUGCCAACUAGUGUAAAAGAUGAUGACCUUUCAAAAGUGGCAGCCUUUCGAGCAAAAGGCAGAGUCCCUGUGUUGUCAUGGAUUCAUCCAGAAAGUCAGGCAACGAUUACCCGUUGCAGCCAGCCACUUGUGGGUCCCAAUGAUAAACGCUGCAAAGAAGAUGAAAAAUACUUGCAAACAAUAAUGGAUGCUAAUGCACAGUCUCACAAACUUAUCAUCUUUGAUGCCCGACAGAACAGUGUUGCUGAUACCAACAAGGCAAAGGGUGGAGGCUAUGAAAGUGAAAGUGCUUACCCCAAUGCAGAACUUGUGUUCUUGGAGAUCCACAACAUUCACGUGAUGAGAGAGUCACUACGGAAAUUGAAAGAGAUCGUGUACCCUUCCAUCGAUGAGGCACGGUGGCUGUCCAACGUGGAUGGGACACAUUGGCUGGAGUAUAUAAGGAUGCUUCUUGCUGGGGCAGUAAGAAUUGCUGAUAAAAUAGAAUCUGGGAAAACUUCGGUGGUGGUGCAUUGCAGCGACGGUUGGGACCGAACAGCCCAGCUGACGUCUCUGGCCAUGCUGAUGUUGGACAGUUAUUACCGUACCAUUAAAGGAUUCGAGGCUCUCAUAGAAAAGGAGUGGAUAAGCUUUGGACAUAAGUUUGCACUGCGUGUGGGCCAUGGCAAUGACAACCACGCAGAUGCUGACCGAUCCCCAAUAUUUCUUCAGUUUAUUGAUUGUGUUUGGCAAAUGACAAGACAGUUUCCUUCAGCGUUCGAGUUUAAUGAACUAUUCUUGAUUACAAUUUUGGAUCACCUUUAUAGCUGUCUCUUUGGGACUUUCUUGUGCAACUGUGAACAGCAGCGAUUCCAAGAGGAUGUAUAUACAAAGACUAUAUCUUUAUGGUCUUAUAUCAAUAGCCAGCUUGAUGAAUUUUCUAAUCCCUUCUUUGUGAAUUAUGAAAACCACGUCUUAUAUCCUGUUGCUAGUCUGAGUCAUUUGGAAUUAUGGGUAAACUAUUAUGUGCGAUGGAAUCCACGAAUGAGGCCUCAGAUGCCAAUCCACCAGAAUCUCAAGGAGCUGCUGGCCGUCCGGGCAGAGCUGCAGAAGAGGGUGGAGGACCUGCAGCGGGAGGUGGCCACGCGCGCCUCGUCCUCGUCCGAGCGGGGCUCGUCGCCGUCCCACUCAGUCACUCCUGUCCACACCUCGGUCUGACGGGCCCAGAGGCGGCCGUCCCGGCAAGUCCAGCUGUCAAGAACAGACAGCCUGCUGCUCCACUGCUCUCCCCAGCGGCUCAGCAAGGGACCUGCCGCCCGUCCUGGCUGUAGCUUGUGUCUUGUCUUUUAGGAGUAGGCCCAGUGCCCUCUGCGUCUGGAUGGCACUUCCAACCAGUGCCCGUUUGUGUGGCUAAGGGACAGCUCCCACGGUCGUCAAGUGCGUUUUGUUUUGUGAGCCCCGUUUCCUCCUGUCAGGGUCUUCUCAGGGUAGCCGUCUGUCCUGGCGACCCCAUGAGCUGACUUCUUGUCGUGCAGGCAGCUCUGGAAAAACUAGAGGGACUGGGACGCAGUGCUUGGGUUGAAGGAGGCCUCGAGCACUUCCUUCCAAGGUCAACCCUUCAUUACAAACACCAUUCACUUAGGACCACGUUGCCAGCCACGUGGCUUCUUGCAGCUCUUUGCUGCAACUUACACUGUUGUAAAAUUCACCGUCUGGAGGGAGAGGACAGAACAGUGCCCUCGAUCCUACAGGUCUCUUCAUGCAGUGUCCCCGUGUACCCAUUACUGUCAUGUACAUAUGAGGUAUUUUUACAAGGAGAAACAUGCCUUUAUUUUCCUAUGUCCUUUUGUAUGUUUGUUUAGACUCGUCACCCCAGGAGGGAUCUGCUUAACUGGAAGGCACGAGAACUUCCUGUCAAACCCAGCUCAUGCUGUUGUGUGUACAUUUAAACCUCGACUUGAUACGGGCUUGUCCUCACCUAGCUCUGGUUCUUGCCCUUUGAGAUGGCCCGGGCCAUCCAUGGCAAUAGCAGGGUUCCCUUGGGAUGGCAUGGCCAAGGCACGCUCAGUCCUCCAGCCCUGCGGAGGGGAAACAGGACUCGGGCAGCUCUGCACAGGCGCUGGCCUCCCCACGCCUGUCCAUCGCUCCUGUGCCGUCCGACCUUACGGCCUCCCGCUCUUGACUGCUGCCGGCUGUUUGCAUCAGAGCAAGUCUGCUCUCACCUGUUCUCUGCCUGUCUGAAGACUAUUUCUUGUUUUAUCACAAUCCCUUCAGCCCAGUUUAUUCCUGUGACUGAAUGUUGAUAUUUUAGAGCAGCCACUGUGCUGUGGCUUCAGUUGCCAAAAGCAGAGCCCACACGUCCCUUGGGUUUCUCAUCUCAGAGCCAACCUCAGCCAGUCAGGCCUCUCCUCCUGGUUUUGCAACUUCACUCACUGACUCCGGGCCUCCAUCAGUCGGGGCCAGAAUUACUGUACGAGCCCCAGGUCCGGCCGCUAAUGUUCACAGCUCCUGCACACCCUCCCCCUGCCAUGCCAUGCCCGCCAGUCACUGGGACCCAUGGCCGCAGGAGUGAGGCUUGCCUGCAGCGUCAGUGGGGCCUCCGCAGCUCCUGGGGCCAGACCCAAGUGCA